CCGCGCUCCCGCCACCGCAGCCACAGCGCAACGUGAUGACCGCGUUCGUUCGAAUGCGACGUGACCUCAUACCAUCAUGUCCAUUCUCUCUGCACCCGCAUCGCUAUGCGAUCUAUAUGUCGAAUACCUUUGGAAUUAUCAGUCGGGCUCUUGGGUCGACAAAGCAGCAUCAAUGUUUCGCGUGCUGGCCUUCCUGUCCAUCCUGCCGUUCGUGAUCCUGACUCUAUUGGAUGUAACAUCAUACGUGAUCGCUCGGACGCUUGGUGUCAUCGACGACACGAAGGCGUCGACAAGUGAGACAGGGAGCGUCCCGAUCGAGGCCGACACACCAACUAUAGUCAUACACCCCGAAAGCCCCCCGUCGACCCAGACGACUUUGACUACCCCUCCUCCUACGUACUUUCGCGGUCCAUUGGAGGAGGAAGGGAAUCUGGAGCUGUCCGGGGUCGGCAUGUUUUCUCCCGUACCUUCUCAGCCACCUUCUCCCACAAUCUCCCGACGCGAACUCGGCUCGCACAUGCACAACAUAUCUGAGGAGCGAAUGGACGAAGGCAUACAUGCGCUCCAUGCCGACCGGCCCGCCUCUAGGGCUUCGAGUAGCGGGGACUCGUCCUUCGCGAUGCUUGAUCAAGAGUCAAGUGCUGAAGAUGCACCAGUGACGCUCCGGCGGAGGGCACCAACGGGAGCAGUCUCCUCUCGGGAGGACUCGUAGCAUUGUCAGGUCGGCUGUAAUUUAUCAUUUGGCUAAUUGCGAGAACAAGAAUCUGAUUGUCCAAUCCUACAUAGCGGUACAAUGUGAUACAAUACAGAAGGCGCUGUGUGCCCCAUGAACGUCCGAAUGCCAAACCGCGGUCCCGAACAGUGCUACGGAAGUCUACCAGCCGAAUCUCAGCUGAUCGCGAGUAAAUACCGGUGGUUUCCAUUGGAGACAAUCCGGAUGGAUGCGCCGCCUGCGCUUCUCCAUCCUCUUCUUGUG